CUUGGGUCACGCAGUUUUUCUCCUCUGGGAGGGACGCUGGGGCCUUAACUGACUUUCCCUUGAGAGCCGCGGGGAACAGGGGCAGCAGGCGGAGGAGGAAGCAGAAAAGGAAGCUGUUCGAGUCGAAGUCCCCAGGAGGCAGAUUUGGGGAAGACAUUCAAGGGUGGUGGGAAGAGUUCCCCCAGGACUGUCUGCGUUGCAGAGAAACAGCAUGAGCCAGGUGCCGGGCAAGCUGAAGGAGCAGGAAGAGGAGGAGGAGGAAGAUGAAGAAGAAGAAGACGACGAGGAGGAGGAAGACGAGGAGGAGGAUGAGAUUGUGGGACUAGCAGACUAUGGAGACCGGGCAGAAUCCUUCUCCGACGGUGACCCGGAGAGCGGCGGGGACGAGGCAUUUCUAGAUUUCAAUGACCCCUUCAAUACAGAAGUCAAACCAAGAAUCCUGCUCAUGGGGCUGAGGAGAAGUGGAAAAUCUUCCAUUCAGAAAGUUGUUUUUCAUAAGAUGUCACCAAAUGAAACUCUUUUCUUGGAGAGUACAAACAAGAUCUGCAGAGAAGAUGUUUCCAAUAGUUCCUUCGUAAACUUUCAGAUAUGGGACUUUCCGGGGCAAAUUGACUUUUUUGACCCUACCUUUGACUAUGAGAUGAUAUUCCGAGGCACCGGAGCACUGAUAUUUGUUAUUGAUUCUCAGGAUGAUUAUAUGGAAGCAUUGGCUAGACUGCAUCUGACAGUGACAAGAGCAUAUAAAGUCAAUCCAGACAUAAACUUUGAAAUAUUUAUUCACAAAGUAGAUGGUUUGUCUGAUGAUCACAAGAUUGAAACACAAAGAGACAUUCACCAGAGGACAAACGACGAUCUAGCAGAUGCUGGGCUGGAAAAAAUCCACUUGAGCUUUUAUUUAACAAGUAUAUACGAUCAUUCUAUAUUUGAAGCAUUCAGCAAAGUGGUCCAGAAACUGAUCCCCCAGCUUCCAACACUGGAGAAUCUGCUUAACAUCUUUAUCUCGAAUUCUGGGAUUGAGAAAGCCUUUCUCUUUGAUGUAGUCAGUAAAAUUUAUAUUGCAACAGACAGUAGUCCAGUGGACAUGCAGACUUAUGAACUUAGCUGUGAUAUGAUAGAUGUUGUGAUUGACAUUUCCUGCAUCUAUGGGCUCAAAGAUGGUGGUGCAGGAACCCCUUAUGACAAAGAAUCAACAGCAAUAAUAAAACUGAACAAUACAACUGUCCUGUAUUUAAAGGAAGUGACAAAGUUCCUUGCUCUUGUUUGUUUUGUCAGAGAAGAAAGCUUUGAGAGAAAAGGACUGAUAGACUACAACUUCCACUGUUUUCGAAAGGCUAUACAUGAAGUAUUUGAAGUGAGAAUGAAAGUAGUAAAGGCACGGAAGAAUCAGAACCAGAUGCAGAAGGCCAAGAGGGCCACCCCUAAUGGCACACCUAGAAUGCCACUCUAACUGAUCUUAGGCCACUGUUCACUUGAAAGGAUUCUUGCUUCAGGUAAUGAUGCUAUUCACAGCCAGAGAAAGACCAGGACUGAUGUUCUCUUAACACAGAUUUUUACACACUACCCUCCCACCAGAAACACUGUAUCUCCUACCUACUUGUUCCUGUUAAGAAAUAUCUAUGACAGAGCAGUGUGCAUUUUUUCAUGUUUCAUGAUUGAAUUGGACUGUUGAUGAAUUAAAUUUUAAAUGCCACUUUGUAUUUUGUUGGGGAGAUUGUGUGCAGGCAUUUCUGUACAUGCUGCAUAUAAACGAUUAAACAAUCACAACAUAGUAACAUUACUUUUUACAAACAUGAGAGGGUUAAUAUUCAUGCCGUACAUAUAUAUUGAUAUGUGUAUAUAUAUUUUCCAGUUUGUAAACUGAAGUUUUAUUUUGGAGUACAAUGGCAAUAAAGAAAUAUUUCUUGGAA